ACUGUCACCAGCUAGUAAAAUUACUAUACCGCAAAAUAGAAGCUUAUUGUUGAUAAAUUGUCAAUAUUUGGUACUGUUCUAUAUUUACCUGCUGUAAUUCAUUUCAUAUAAUCAUUAGAAUAAAAAUGAGUAGUAAAACAAAAAAAUCUGAUGAGGAAGAAAAGAAGCCAGUUGUAAUAAAAAACGCAACUGAUAUACAGAGAUUAAAACUAGAAAAGCUUAUGAGAAACCCUGACAAACCUGUUGUUAUACCAGAUGGACCAAGGGAAAAAUCGUUAGCACCCCCUCCAGAUUUUGUUCGUAAUGUAAUGGGUUCUAGUGCUGGGGCAGGUUCUGGAGAAUUUCAUGUUUAUAGGCAUCUUAGAAGAAAAGAAUAUGCCAGACAAAAAUUUAUACAAGAGAAGAGUGAAAAGGAAAAACUUGAUGAGGAAUAUCAAAGAAAGUUAGAAGAAAAUAAAAAAAUUGCUGAUGAAAAAACUGCUAAGAAAAGGGCAAAAAGAUUAAAAAAGAAACUCAAAGCAAAAUUGAAAGAAAAGAAACCUAAAGUAGACAAUGGUCCAGAAAAUAAAGAAUCUUCACAUUCGGAGGAUAGCGAUAAGUCAGAUACAGAAAAUACCACCAAUGAAAACACUUGAUGGCAAAUAAAUUUUGUAAUAAAA